ACGUAGUCGGAGAUUAAGCUUUUUCCUCCUGGGAACCGGUCUCUACUCAAAAGAACAUCUAUAAAUAGAGACAUGAUGGGUGCUUACAUUCCUGCCAAAGAGCAAAAACCAUCUUCAUGUAAUUUCAUUUCUACCAGCAUUCUCACCACUCCCAAUUGAAGCAUUUCCAAGGCUUUUUCUUUUUUUUUCACUAAUGGGCCUGAUUAGGAUAUUGCUAAUGGCGAUAUUUCCUAUAGCAAUCUCUUUGUUAGUUUUUCAUGGCAUCGAAGCUUUUGAUGAUGGGUUGGUCCUUUUUCCUGACUACUACAAAAAUUCAUGCCCACAAGCAGAGAGGAUUGUGAGACAACAGGUCAGGAUCGCCAUACGAAAAGACCCUCGAAUGGCUGCGUCGCUCCUCCGCCUCCAUUUUCAUGAUUGCUUCGUUUUGGGAUGCGACGGAUCAAUUCUGCUGGACAGCAUCGACGGUAUCGAAAGCGAAAAGGGAGCAGUCCAGAAUAUAUAUUCAAUCAGAGGAUUUGAUGUGGUGGACAAAAUAAAGGAAUUACUGGAAAAGAAAUGCCCUGAAACAGUUUCUUGUGCCGAUAUUCUUGCAAUAGCAGCCAGAGAUGCUGUUCAAUUGAGAGGUGGGCCACAGUGGAAGGUUGAGUUGGGUAGAAGAGACUCUUUGAAGGCGAGCCUGAAUGAUGCGAACCUCAACAUUCCCAGCCCCAACUCCACUCUAGAGGUCCUCAUUUCUAACUUUGAAGCCCAAGGUCUCAGUUUCGUCGACUUGGUCACUCUUUCAGGCAGUCACACUAUUGGAAAAUCAAGAUGUCUAAGCUUUAAGGACAGGAUUUACCACGAAGAUGAAACUGAUGUUCCCAUACAUUCUGAAGUGGACCAUAAUCAUAAGAGAAGUUCUAUGUUUCGUCGAAUCCUACGGUCUAUAUGCCCGAGAUCUGAUAAGAGAGAUGAGGCCUUGGUCCCUCUCGACUUCAUGACUUCGGCCAAGUUCGAUAACACAUACUACAUAAACCUUCUUCAGGACAAAGGGCUGCUAGAGUCUGAUAAUGUACUUAUUUCUCAGGACCCAGGAGGUGAGAUUGUGAAGUUGGUGUGGACAUACGCAUCUGAUCAACGUAGAUUUUUUAAAGAAUAUAAGUUGUCGAUCGUGAAGAUGGGGAGAAUCAAUCCGCUGGUCGGGGAUGAGGGCGAGAUCCGACGGAACUGUAGCCUUGUGAAUUCAUGGUGACCCGAGUUGAAG